UUAAUUUUGACUAGCGAGGAGGCAAGUUGUGUUGGUUGUAGAAAAAUGAUUGAUAUUGAAGUGAAACAUCCAACUUUGAAUUUUUCCAAACAUGAAGUUGAUCAGAUUUUGGCUCAGUUUAAUCGUACUGUGGAAAGUGCACAAAUUGAUGUGGAUUGUAUAAAAACUUGGAUUGGUACUCAGCCUCAUCUUACUCAAAUGCCAAGUGAUAGAUUGAUCCUAAACAUGUUAAUCCGUAAUAAAUUCUCCAUAGAGAAAACAAAAACAAAACUGGAUUAUUACUACUCAAUCCGGUCGAUGAUACCGGAAGUGUUUGAAAAUCGUCUUCCUACCAAUCCGGAUAUAAUAGAAAUGCGUAAAAUAUCCCGUACAUUAACCUUGCCUAAUUUAGUAGGGUUGAAUCGUGUGAUUUUCUUUGUUUUGGACGAAAUGGAUCACAAAUUUGAGGCUCACACAAAUUUGGCAAAAACUUUCAUGGACGCCGAGGCUAUUAUCUAUCGAGAUUUUUCUAGUAGUGUGGAAAUUAUUUGGGAUUGUACCAAGAGUAAUUUUGCGUUUUGGGCUGCAUUCACUCCGAUGAUGUCUAAGAUAUUUGUUACUGUUGCUGAGAAAGUAUAUUCGAAUAGAUGUCAUGCUUUGAGGAUUAUUGGGCUGCCUACAGUUGCACAAGUUGUGGUUAAUGGUGCAUUGGCGUGUCUUCCGGAAAAACUGAGAAACAGAAUUACUACUCACAGUGACCCAAAAGAAAUAUCUCAAUUUUAUCCAAAAGAUCAACUUCCAAUCGAAUACGGCGGAACAAACGCUACUGUCCACCAGAUGUCAGCACAGUUUGACGAUAUGAUGGACGGCUGUGUAGAUUACUUCCGCAACAUCCAAAACUUCAAGGUCGACGCCAAUUUACGUCCGAAUAAAUUAGACAAUGACGAAUUAUUGGGCUAUCAUGGUAAUUUCCGCAAAUUAGACGUUGACUAAACCAUAAACAAUAAAAAUCUAAAUCUGUUCACUUAAAACAACAAAAGAAACAAAUCGUGGGAAAUUUAAAAUUAAAAAUCAAAUUAAUUUAACAAUGCAUCAAUGCAGCAUCAUGAGAAAGUAAAGUAAAGUAAAGUUUAAUUCAAACAGUUCAAGGUUAAUCAUAUUCACAUCAUGUUUAAUUACAUAAUGAGUUUAAUACUGUUUAAUUACUUAAUAACUACGAAUAAUAAUAAUAAAUAUGUAAUUGGUUUAUAGGUAUCAAAUUAAAAAUAUACUGUGUUGGGCAGGAAUAAUUUGUAGUAAAAUAAAAUGAAA